GCGCAGAGCGAGCCGCGGGUUCUGAUUCGGUUGUUUACCAUCAAUCAGGCCGUUGCUUGGCAGACACUGGAUGGUUAUGAGCCCGAACAAGCUGAAAGGGGCAGGAAAAGAAGUGGAGGCAGCAUUCUUCCUAUUUAAAGCUGCAUCGCUGGAAAAAAGUUUUCGCAGACUGUGCGGGAGCUGGUGCUGAAAAGGGGGGUUUGCCGAGGCUGCCCCGGGCUGGUGCUGAAACUAGAGCCCACCGCCCACUUCAUGGUGCUACCGUAACCUUAGAACCUUCUCUGCACUCCCGGGAGGACCCACAUGUCUAAUAUUUAGAUAUGAUGGCAAACUGGGUGGAAGCAAGACCUCUCCUCAUUCUUACUGUUUUAUUAGGGCAAUCUGUCUCAAUAAAAGCCCAGGACGAAGGCGAGGACGAUGAAUAUAAUGAAGAAAUAGCCUGCACUCAGAAUGGCCACGUGUACUUGAACAGGGACAUUUGGAAACCUAGCGCAUGCCAGAUCUGCGUCUGUGACAAUGGAGCCAUUCUCUGUGACAAGAUACAGUGUCAGGAGGUGCUGAACUGCGCUGACCCUGUGACUCCUGCUGGAGAGUGCUGUCCCAUCUGCCCACAAACCCCUGGAAGUGGAAAUACCAACUUUGGUAGAGGAAGAAAGGGACAAAAAGGAGAACCAGGAUUAGUGCCUGUUGUAACAGGCAUUCGCGGGCGUCCAGGGCCAGCGGGACCUCCAGGGUCACAGGGACCAAGAGGAGAGCGAGGCCCCAAAGGAAGACCCGGUCCUCGUGGUCCUCAGGGAAUUGAUGGAGAACCGGGGAUUCCUGGUCAACCUGGUUCUCCAGGGCCUCCUGGACAUCCCUCUCACCCAGGACCCGAUGGCAUGAGCAGGCCCUUUUCAGCUCAGAUGGCUGGGCUGGAUGAGAAGUCCGGACUUGGGAGUCAAGUAGGAUUCAUGCCUGGUUCCGUGGGUCCUGUUGGCCCAAGGGGACCUCAAGGUUUACAAGGGCAGCAAGGUGGUACGGGACCAGCAGGACCUCCUGGUGAACCUGGUGAACCAGGACCAAUGGGUCCAAUUGGUGCACGUGGACCCGAGGGCCCCCCUGGGAAGCCCGGGGAAGAUGGUGAACCUGGUAGGAACGGAAACACUGGCGAUGUGGGAUUCACAGGAUCACCCGGGGCUCGAGGCUUUCCUGGGGCUCCUGGGCUUCCAGGCCUGAAGGGUCACAGGGGACACAAAGGUCUUGAAGGUCCAAAAGGUGAAAUUGGAGCCCCUGGUGCUAAGGGGGAAGCUGGUCCUACUGGUCAAAUGGGUGCCAUGGGUCCACUGGGUCCAAGAGGGAUGCCUGGAGAAAGAGGAAGACUUGGGCCGCAAGGAGCUCCUGGACAGCGAGGUGCACAUGGCAUGCCUGGCAAACCUGGACCAAUGGGCCCCCUUGGCAUACCUGGGUCUGCUGGCUUUCCGGGGAAUCCUGGAAUGAAAGGAGAAGCAGGUCCUACGGGGGCUCGAGGUCCUGAAGGUCCUCAGGGCCAGCGAGGUGAAAAUGGGCCGCCGGGUCCAGCUGGCUCUCAAGGUCUUCCUGGUGCUAUGGGAACUGAUGGUACACCUGGUGCCAAAGGCCCCACAGGCUCAGCAGGUACAUCUGGCCCUCCUGGCUUGCUAGGGCCCCCUGGAUCUCCCGGCCCUCAGGGUAGCACUGGACCUCAGGGAAUUCGAGGACAACCGGGUGAUCCAGGAGUUCCAGGUUUCAAAGGAGAAGCUGGCCCCAAGGGGGAACCAGGGCCACACGGUGUUCAAGGUCCGAUCGGCCCACCUGGGGAAGAAGGCAAGAGGGGCCCUCGAGGUGACCCAGGGACAGUCGGUCCUCCAGGCCCCAUGGGAGAAAGGGGUGCUCCUGGCAAUCGUGGCUUUCCAGGCUCAGAUGGUUUACCUGGCCCGAAGGGUGCUCAAGGAGAGCGCGGCCCUGUCGGCUCCUCAGGACCCAAAGGAGGCCAGGGAGACCCAGGGCGUCCAGGUGAACCUGGCCUUCCAGGUGCUCGGGGUCUGACAGGAAAUCCUGGUGUUCAAGGUCCUGAAGGGAAACUUGGGCCUUUGGGCGCUCCUGGGGAAGACGGCCGGCCGGGUCCUCCAGGCUCCGUAGGCAUCCGAGGGCAGCCUGGGAGUAUGGGCCUUCCAGGUCCCAAAGGUAGCAGUGGUGACCCUGGAAAACCUGGAGAAGCAGGGAAUGCCGGUGUUCCCGGACAGAGGGGAGCUCCGGGGAAAGAUGGAGAAGUCGGUCCUUCUGGUCCUGUUGGUCCCCCGGGCCUAGCUGGGGAAAGAGGCGAGCAGGGCCCCCCCGGGCCCACUGGAUUUCAGGGACUCCCUGGGACUCCAGGACCUCCUGGGGAAGGCGGAAAGCCAGGAGAUCAAGGUGUUCCUGGAGAUCCUGGCGCUGUUGGUCCCUUAGGACCACGAGGAGAAAGAGGAAACCCUGGAGAGAGAGGAGAACCAGGAAUCACUGGGCUCCCUGGCGAGAAGGGCAUGGCUGGAGGACAUGGUCCCGACGGCCCAAAGGGCAGUCCCGGUCCCACGGGGACAGUGGGAGACACAGGCCCCCCCGGUCUCCAAGGCAUGCCCGGAGAGAGAGGCAUUGCAGGCACUCCAGGCCCCAAGGGUGACAGAGGUGGCAUGGGAGAGAAAGGUGCUGAGGGCACAGCUGGAAAUGACGGAGCAAGAGGUCUUCCUGGUCCCUUGGGCCCUUCUGGUCCUGCUGGUCCUACUGGAGAAAAGGUAAAUCAAUACUGUGCUAAAUUUUCAUUAAUUUUUGUCUUCUCCCAGGGCUCACGUGGUGAAAAUGGUCCAACUGGAGCUGUUGGUUUUGCUGGACCUCAGGGUCCUGACGGCCAGCCUGGAGUGAAGGGUGAGCCUGGAGAGCCAGGACAGAAGGGAAAUGCCGGGUCUCCUGGACCACAAGGGCUGGCAGGGUCCCCUGGUCCUCACGGCCCUAUGGGUGUUCCUGGAUUAAAAGGUGGUCGAGGAACCCAAGGUCCACCUGGUGCUACUGGGUUUCCUGGUUCUGCUGGUCGAGUUGGACCUCCAGGCCCCACCGGAGCUCCAGGACCUGCAGGGCCCAUAGGAGAGCCUGGGAAGGAGGGACCUCCAGGUCUUCGUGGUGACCCUGGAUCUCAUGGGCGAGUGGGAGAUCGAGGACCAGCUGGCCCCCCUGGUGGCCCAGGAGACAAAGGAGACCCCGGAGAAGAUGGGCAACCUGGUCCAGAUGGUCCCCCUGGUCCAGCUGGAACCACUGGGCAAAGAGGGAUUGUUGGCAUGCCCGGACAGCGAGGUGAGCGAGGCAUGCCAGGCCUGCCAGGCCCCGCGGGCACACCAGGAAAAGUAGGACCAACUGGUGCCACAGGAGACAAAGGUCCCCCUGGACCUGUGGGUCCCCCAGGUUCCAAUGGGCCCGUGGGAGAAGCUGGCCCGGAAGGCCCGGCUGGGAAUGACGGCACUCCAGGACGGGACGGUGCAGUUGGGGAACGGGGUGAUCGCGGAGACCCUGGGCCGGCAGGUCUACCAGGCUCUUCCGGUGCCCCUGGGACUCCUGGCCCAGUGGGUGCACCAGGAGACGCGGGGCAGAGAGGAGAUCCGGGUUCUCGAGGUCCUAUGGGACCACCUGGCCGAGCUGGAAAACGUGGUUUGCCAGGCCCUCAAGGACCUCGGGGGGACAAAGGUGACAAUGGAGACAGAGGUGACCGAGGUCAGAAGGGCCAUAGAGGCUUCACUGGUCUUCAGGGUCUUCCCGGGCCUCCUGGUCCAAACGGUGAGCAAGGCAGUCCCGGAAUCCCUGGUCCAUUUGGUCCAAGAGGUCCUCCAGGCCCAGUUGGCCCAUCAGGAAAAGAAGGAAACCCUGGUCCACUUGGGCCGAUCGGGCCUCCCGGUGUGCGCGGCAGCGUAGGAGAAGCAGGUCCGGAGGGUCCUCCUGGUGAGCCUGGCCCACCUGGCCCUCCGGGUCCCCCUGGUCAUCUUACGGCUGCUCUUGGGGACAUCAUGGGCCACUAUGAUGAGAGCAUGCCAGAUCCACUUCCAGAGUUUACUGAAGAUCAGGCUGCUCCUGAUGACAAAAAUAAAACUGACCCAGGAGUCCAUGCUACCCUGAAGUCGCUCAGCAGUCAGAUCGAAACCAUGCGCAGCCCUGAUGGCUCCAGGAAGCACCCGGCCCGGACUUGUGAUGACUUGAAGCUUUGCCACUCGGCCAAACAGAACGGUGAAUACUGGAUCGAUCCUAACCAGGGAUCAGCCGAAGAUGCGAUCAAAGUUUACUGCAAUAUGGAAACAGGAGAAACAUGCAUUUCAGCAAACCCAUCUACGAUCCCGCUUAAAACUUGGUGGGCCAGCAAAUCUCCUGACAAUAAACCUGUAUGGUAUGGCCUUGACAUGAAUAGAGGAUCUCAGUUCAGUUACGGAGAUUACCAGUCUCCUAAUACUGCUAUUACCCAGAUGACCUUCUUGCGCCUCUUAUCGAAGGAAGCAUCUCAGAAUAUUACUUACAUCUGUAAAAACAGUGUAGGCUACAUGGAUGACGAGACCAGCAGCGUCAAGAAGGCCGUGGUGCUCAAAGGAGCAAAUGACCUGGCAAUCAAGGGGGACGGGAACCUGAGAUUCAGAUACACAGUCCUCCAAGAUACUUGCUCUAAACGAAAUGGAAAUGUGGGCAAGACUGUCUUGGAAUACAGAACACAGAACGUGGCACGCUUGCCCAUCAUAGAUAUCGCCCCCGUGGAUAUUGGCAGCCCAGACCAGGAAUUUGGCGUGGAACUGGGGCCAGUUUGCUUCAUGUAACGCAAACCCAGAGAGACCGGCAGCACGCACCACCUGAACGACAACCAGCGCCCUUCAUGAGAACCUUUGACUGUUUGAAGUUGAUCCUGAGACUCUUGAAGUAAUGGCUGAUUCCACAUCAGCACUGUACAUAUGAUCUUACGUGCCUGGCCUCCUUACCCUUCAGAAUAUUUAUUUUACUGACACUUCUCAAGUUUUAAUUGACCUAAAAUAUUUUUCAAUACAAAAGUUUAGGUUUAAGACAACCAGUGACAGUGAUCACCUUUUACAAAAAGUAAACUGAUGAAAUAAAUAAAACUCUGUUUUCUUCAAUUUAUUUCAAUGCAAUGAAAAAAAUGCUUAGUAUUUAUGAAGAAAUUCGUCUUCCUGGCAGAUAGCUUAAAGAGUGGGGUAUAUGAAACCACAACGCAUGUUUAUUUUGCUUGGCUGAGGUUUAAAAAAUAGAAAGUAGAGCCCUUUUGUGACCUCUUAUUCCCAGAUUAGUAGUGAAAAAUAAAAAUGUUUAACCUCGUAAUUGAAACCCACAUCCACAUCUUGAUAUUGUAUAACUAUUACAGGGAAUUUUUAAUUUAAAAAUAAUGCCAGUUUUUCACUGCCUUACAUAGAGUUUUUAAAUAGUAUAUACUCAGUGGAACUUCAGGAGAAAAAAGUAAAAAUGCUCCACCUCAAAUUUUUGUAAAGGCUGAUAUGUUUAGACUGAUUUCAUAUUCAAUUUUCACAGUGCCUUUUCCUUUUGAUGCAUUCUGUGAAUACGGAGAGAUGUAUAGCAUUUAAUGCAUUUGUAUUUUCUUACCCAAGAAGACAUUGAGCAAAAUAAUUGCAUAUAUGUCUAUGAACACAUCGUUGGGUCCCAUAGUUGGGACUCUUUCACAUGUACAUUCUCAUCCUGAAGCCUAUAAUGAAGAAAAAUAUGUAGAAACCCAGAGUUGUGAAGUUGUCGCUCAUCAAAUGUGAGGAUUGGGAUUAGAACAUUUGGCCUUUGAACUCGCAUAGACAAAAUGGCCCAACAUUUCUUAGCAUGAGCUACCUCAUCUCUAGAAGCUGGGAUGGACUUACUCUUCUUGUUUAUAUUUUAGAUACUGAAAGGUGCUAUGCUUCUGUUGUUAUUCCAAGACUGGAGAUAGGCAGGGCUGAAAAUUAUUAUUAUAAUUAUGAUGAUAUCCUUUAAUGUUGGUGCUGAAAUUCUUUCUUUACAAUUUUUUUUAAAUAAAGACUGUUUCAUCAAUGACAUUUGUGAAGAUGUACCUGUUAGACUUCCCUUCCCCAAAAGGUAGAGUGGUGUCCCAGUGCCUUUCUCUGCUCUGCUGUCAUACUGUACCCGCUGUGCUUUGUAAUGCUUUCAUGUUUCUGAGACCAGAGCACGCAGGUCCCCUCAUGUCUCAAGAGAUUUUUUUUUUCCUUCAUUGCAUCUGUUGGCUCCAUUUUAAUUUCUUAUUUAAAAAUAAACAGGGGGAAGCCCAAGGACAAGCCAUGCACAGAACUUUGGCCAUGUAUCUCUGCAAAGCAUCAAAUUAAAUGCACGCAUUUAUCAUGUCA